GGCCGGACGCUGUUGGAGCGCUUCUUCCAGCAGCAGGACUCCAGAGAGCCAGAGGAGGCCGAGAAGCUGUGCUCCAGGAUCCUGGCCAUGGGCCUCCUGCUGCCCUUCAGCGACUGCUUCAGAGAGACGUACAGCAGCAGCGGACAGAUCACACACAAGUUUGACCACGAUCAGCUUUACACAUGGGCAGCCAUCUGUCAGCCUCCUCCGUCUCUGGAGAGUCUGGAGGGACACCUGAAGAGCCUGUGGCCCCUGACCAGACCCGGAGCCCAGGACCGGCCCCAACCCAAAUACACCGAGGAUGCGGUCGAGGAGCAGGAGGAGCAUCAGGCCAUUGUUUCAGACCUUAAAAAACAACAGGAAGAAGAAAUCCUGCAAAUUGAGGAGGAGUCUGUGAUAAAGACGGUACGUCUGAAGCAGGAGCACGUCUGUGUGAUCGAGCAGCUGGAGCAGACCAUCGAAGACCUGCGCAGUAAGAUCGCCGAGCUGGAGAAACAGCAGCCCCUGCUGGAGCGGGAGGUGCUGCUGACGCAGGACCAGGAGUGCGGAGGAGAGGAGCGCCUCCUCCCGGACGUCUGCCAUGUGGACUUGCAGACAGAAAACACUUUGCUGUUGCCGCUGGAGGCCAAAUCGGUGCAGACGUCUCCCAUGGAGGAGAGCUUUAGGUUUAAAGUGCCUCCUGUGGAGGUGCAGGCACCGGGGAGGAGUGACUCCUCGCUGCCAUCAGAAACUGAGAAUGCUUCUCAAGCGUUUGUGUGCAUAUGCCAGCAGCUGCCGGGUGCUUCGGUGCCUCCUCCACCACCACCACCGCCUCCUCCUCCAUCCGGGAUGUGUGCACCUCCUCCUCCACCUCCACUUCCAGGAAUGAGCGCUCUUUCUGCACCACCUCCUCUCCCAGGCAGUUCACUUCUUCCUCCGCCACCUCCUCUCCCGGAAAUGGGUGCACCUCCUCCUCCGCCUCCUCUCCCGGAAAUGGGUGCACCUCCUCCUCCGCCUCCUCUCCCGGGAAUGGGUGCACCUCCUCCUCCUCCUCCGCCUCCUCUCCCGGGAAUGGGUGCACCUCCUCCUCCACCUCCACCUCCUCUCCCGGGAAUGGGUGCACCUCCUCCUCCACCUCCUCUACCAGGUGUAUCUGCACCUCCUCCUCUACCAGGAUCAGCACCACCUCCUCCUCCAGGUCCUCCGCCGUUGGCUCCUGGUCCUCCCCUGGCUUUCGGUUUGGGUUCUCUGCCUCCUCCGCUCCCGCUGGGUCUGUACGCAUUAGGAGCGGCGCAGGAGAAACCUCCUCGCAAAAGCCUGGUGGAGCCGCCGAGACCCAUGAAACCGCUGUACUGGACUCGCAUUCAGCUGCACACCAAAAAGGACUCUCAUGCUCUCGUGUGGGAGAAGAUCGAAGAGCCAUCCGUGGAUUUUGAUGAGUUUGUCGAUCUCUUCUCCAAAACUGCAGUGAAAGAGAAGAAGAAGCCUCUUUCAGACACGAUCAGCAGGUCAAAGACCAAGCAGACGGCGGCUCCUCUCAGAGUAAAUGGCCAAGCGCUUGGCACCGCCGUGCACCAGAUUCCAGCUCUGAUUGGAAAUAUGACCGUAAAGAGCAGAACCGAGGCGCAUAAAUAUCGCAAAGUGCUCCAAACGCUCGUGGGUUUAUCAGAUCUGUGUCAGACGUGCGUAUGUGGAAACCACCAGCUUUCACAUUCAUACUCUCAGUCUGUUUCUGUAAAGGCUCGUAUGUGGGAGUUUCCUCAACUAUAGGAACU